AAAAGGGGUUUGACCACCAUAACAGAGAGGUCUCGAGUAGUUUGUAAACAACUGAAGGUUCAGCCAGCAAAGUAUCUCCGCUAGGAACCAGAAGGUAACGAGGAAACUUCAUUAAACCAUCGCCCUCCUGUCCAGCAGACAGGCCGCCUCAAUGCAUUACAGAGCACCGACAACACCGACGACAUCAUGGAUGUGUACGACUUGUUUAGCAGCUGCAAGAAGGGCGACGUUAGUAGAGUCAGGUACCUUGUUGAACACAGAGAUGUGGACCUCAAUGUAAGAGACAAAUGGGACAGCACCCCGUUGUAUUAUGCCUGCCUCUGUGGUUACGAGGAACUGGUCCAGUACCUGUUGGCUAGUGGUGCCAAGUGUGAAGCCAACACAUUUGAUGGCGAGAGGUGCAUGUACGCCUGCCUGCAAGACUCUAUUCGCCGCCUGCUGAAAGAGUACAAGUGCGUUAGCAUGCACGCUAUGCAGCGCGAUGACUUGAACUACUUUCUGCACAUGUUACUGGAGCAGGGUCAACACAGUGACGUGAAGUUCCUGAUUCACGGACAAACGUUCCAGGCUCAUCGCUGCGUUCUCAGUGCGCGCUCUGAGUACUUCAGUCAUAUGUUUGAGAGCAAGUGGCAAGGGAAGAACUUAAUAACCCUCAAACACCCACUGAUCAACCCUGCAGCCUUUGGAGCGAUCAUGCAAUUUAUAUAUACAGGAAGGAUGGAUAUUGAUAUUAGCCUUGUGGAGGACUGCAGGCGACUUGCCAAACAGUGCAAGAUGACUGAGUUCAUAGAGGAACUGGACAAUGAGUGUAAACAGCUGUAUGAAUUUGUGUUCAACAAGCCAGGAAUGUGUGUGAAAGUCCUGACCCUGGAGCCUCGCAGCUGCCAGCUUCAGGAGGAGAUGGCUCAGUUAGCAAACUGUGCUCUGCCCAGCGAACUAAUUGUUGGAUUUGGAGAACUUCCCUUCAACAGAUUUGACACAUUCCCCACUUACCCUGACAUCUGCUUCAGAGUCGAGGGUUACAAUUUCUUAUGUCAUGAGGCGUUUUUCUGCGGGCGCAGUGACUACUUUAAAGCCCUGCUGGAGGACCACUUCAGUGAGGGGGAGCAGCUGCAGUCCCAGCCCAGCACCUCAGUGAUUACGUUACACAACAUCUCCCAUGAAGUCUUCAUCCAUGUCAUGUAUUACAUUUACACUAAUUCCACAGAGCUGACGGUGGAGAACGUGUUGGACGUGCUGUGUGUGGCUGACAUAUACCUGUUGUCGGGACUGAAGCGUCUGUGCGGGAAGACGCUCGCCAUGACCAUAUGUGAAGAUAACGUCUUGUGCUUGUGGAAAACGGCCAAGCUCUUCCGUCUCUCUCGGCUGGAGGAUCACUGCAUUGAGUACAUGGCCAAGAUCAUUGAGCUGCUGGUGGAGCAGCCAGAGUUUGUCGAGAUCAUCAAAGAAGACGCUGGAUCGCUGGAGGACCGGCACGAGACUGACUCCGUCCCCCUGGUGGACGAAAUCCGCUACCACAUUGCGGGCAACGUGCAGACAUACAGUGAAAUCGAGGAGGCGAAUCAGAAGCUGGAGGCCCUGGAGGAUCUGCUGUGCAGCAUUAAUAUCGACUGCUGAAAGGUCAGCGGGUGGUGGUUUAAAGUCUGAGGUUGCAGCUGUUGUGGCGUGUGAGGUUUUUAAUGUGUUUGCUCUGGCAGGAAAAAAAACAAUGACGCGGAAAAGCAAAGCAUAUAAUUCUGUAUGUUUGUUGGUUUUAUGUUAUUUACAGUGUAUUUGACAGAAUGUAUAUUUUCAAAAGGAGCCAUGUUACAGGUGUAUAUUCAGAAAGACUUUAAAUGUGAAAAACAUGCAGUAUAUGGAUUAUUAUGUGACCCUGCUCUGGAGUGUUGCUGAAUGUGUCUUGAGGUAAAAGGUGUGUUUUAUAUUAACGGAAUAUCUUUGCAUCAUGUAUGCAUGAAUUUAUUUUACCUGUAAUUUGUGGCUUGUAGUUUUUUGGACUGAAAAUUGAAGUUUGACCCCAACACCGUUUAGCGACAGCUCUUGUAUUGAACUCACGUUUAUUUUGUUACUAGAAGAACAGAGGAGUCCACCACGCUACGCACCAGCUUGCACUUUUAUUGGAAAAUGUGACGUAGCAAUAUUGCUUCAAUCCCACGGCUGUGCUGUGAUUUCACACGCAGUUUUUUCUUUUUUCAUGUUGUUUACACGUUUGUUUGCGUCCUCCAUUUUCUGUACUAAAGUACAUGGCUUCAUUUUUCAUCACUCAGUACAAGCACAUGAACAUGGACUUAAAAAUAAACUUAAAUACAACUGAAACUGAUGCUUCUGCAGUCAAGCUGCGGCUUCUAGCAACUGGAAAAUCAACAAGCAAUGCGCAAUAUUAUCCGCACGAUAUCAGUAUCGGCCGAUAAUGGCUUUCAAAUGUAUUAUCAUGUAUCAGCAAACACGCAGAGAUCCCCCGAUAUGUAGGCUGAAUAACCUCCUUAACCUUUAUGUCAACUAUUAUGUUUUUGCACAAUGAAGAAAAUGCUGCGACACGAGUAUGCAAAAAAUAUUCUGAUCAUUUCACUGCAGAUAAAAUGUCUUCCACAAAAAUCCAAUAUGGUGCGUGCCCCACUGCCAGUGCAUUGACGCACAAUCAUCCGUGUCAACAGUGUGAUGCAUGUAAGAAACUCAUUUACACUUUUUUAUGCCUUGAACGAUGACGGCAGAGAAAUCAUGUUGUUGUCGUGUCAUAAAAACUGUCACAGCUGUGACGAUACACGCAGGAAUAUGUUGAGAAAAUAUAGCCCCAAAGGAAAGGGCUGUCUGAUAACUAUCAAAUAUUCAAAAUAAAGUGCAGUGAGAACAUCACAUACUUUUUUUUUUGCCCCACCAGACACUUAUGUAACACCCCGAUUAUGCAUUAGUGCCUCAUUUCCUCCCACUUCAAAAAAAUCCUAACUAUCCCUUUAAGGCAGAGGCAAAAUAAAGUCUGUUUAAUAUCCAUUUCCUGUCACUCAGUCAGUGACUCAGUCAUGGUCAUUAUGGGAUGUUGUGUUGUAAACAUUAGCAGUAAACAUUGACUUAUCCAAGCUUUUAUUUUUGAGGUUAGAUUAUUUAAAGAUUUUAUGUUCACUCUUUAACGAAUGACAUUCCUGAGAGUGUGAGUCCCUCGUCUUACUCUUGCGUGUUUUCCGUUCGCUUAAAGGAUGGAAUCUGCACAUCAGCCUGUCUCGCCUGCCGUGAGCUCACAGGUAACUGUUUGUGAACGGUGUGCGUGUAAAAACUCUCCACUAACAGCAACAAUAUGUUUAAUUGAUGUCAUCCAUGACUCGGUCAAUGCUUGGUGACGGGAAAAACUUGUUUGGACGAUUAAACGUGACAAAGCAAA